AUGACUGUGGUGUUUUCCAAUUCCAUCGGUGGGCUGGCUCAGUCUGACCAGGUACCGGUGGAGGAUUCAGAUUCUGAAAUCCCCAGGAUUCUGUCUUUGCCUCCCAUCAUUAAGAUGGAAGCUCCCAUCAAUACCUCGCUAUCGAUGCAAACUGGCACUCAUCUAACAUUUCUGGGGCAUACUGCCUGCCCCUCCACCAAUUAUACUUUCCUCCAGAGUCUACUGGACCACAGCUUCAUUGUGAAGAUUCCUGACAUCAGAGUCGGAGGAGCAAUUGCAGUGAAAACAUAUCCCGCUGAAGUGAACCAAGCAAUUCUUUUGCUAAAAGUAAAUGGCGUAUAUGCCACCAGAGAUCUGGGAUUCCAAAUUCAUGCUUUUUCAGAAAAUACUCCUUCUGUAAUAGUGGAUUUUGGGGAUGGCUCACCAGGCAUUUGCAACAGCGCAAGAGAGGAAACCUAUGAGGUAGAGAUUACUGCCCACCAUCACUACAAGAAAGAGGGUAUAUAUAUGAUCAGAGUGAUUGCUUUCAAUGAGUUUUACCGAAUUGAAGAUGAGCUAGGACCCUAUUAUGUUGAAAUGGCCCCAGAAAGCUUAUCGUUGUCCAUGAAUUCGAGCGGUAUCCAGAAAGAUGAACCGAUUCUCUUUACGGCAUCUCUCAUGAAGGGAACGAACGUAACGUUUACAUGGAACAUGGGAGAUGAGACCAUCUAUGUGGCUGAAGCCAUUUCUAUUUUCACAAAUGGGACAGUAUUUGCCACAGACACCGACAUCACCUUUUUAGCUUUGACAACCGAAACAAACCCGCUAGAAUUUCUGUGGUCUUUUGGAGACAGGAGUCCACCAGAGAGAACAACUUCAAGAAGCAUAACAAAAAGAUAUAACUUUCCCAAUAGCUAUCAGGUGAUGGUAAAAGCUUCCAAUAAGAUCAGCUCUAUCACAUCAGACCCCCAUUCCAUCUGCGUUCAAAGGAAAAUCGUGCCCAAUCGGCUGGUGUCCGGAUCGUCGGUCCUGAUCAAUUCCAGUUUGAGUUUCGAGUGCAGGAUUAACUUUGGUACCAACGUCACUCACCUGUGGAAUUUUGGAGAUGGCAGCAUACGGCCAGGAAAGAGCACUGAAAGCCACGUUUAUACUAGGGAAGGAGAAUAUACAGUGGAGGUACUUGUGGUGAAUAAAGUAAGUUCAGCUUCACUGCGCAAGCAAAUCUUUGUUGUGCGAGAACCAUGCCAACCCCCUCUGUUGCAAAGCAUGGGCCCCGGGAGAAUCCAGAUUCGACGACAUGAGACCGUUACGUUGCAAGUUACCUUUGCAGCUCCUAUUAUGUGUAACAUAUCCCGAGGGCUCCGCUAUCGCUGGAUUUUAAUCAAGUCCAAUGGCUUUCUGAUGCCGUUGCCUCCUACUACCGACACCCACAAGCAAACCGUUCUUCUUCCACGCUACUUUCUGGAUUAUGGAAAUUAUUCCGCAAUUGCAAAGGUUCAAAUAGGAGGAAGCAUGGUAUAUAGUAAUUACACAGUUCAGAUGGAGGUUUUACCCAGUGACCUGGUCAGUACCAUUUCUGAGGGUACUCAUCUGUUUGUCCCCAGGACAGCCUCUUUGAUCAUCACCCUCAAUGGCUCAGAAUCUUAUGAUCCCGACAACCCUGGUGCUAGAUUGCAGUAUCAUUGGAAAUGCGCUCCAGCGAGUAGACAACAGCAGGUGUGUUUCAACUCCUCGGGGGACCCACCCUUCAAUAGCCGUGCACCCGUCAUCUCCUUCCCCGCCACACUUCUCGAUAACACUUACGACCAGUUUCUGGUGACGUUAACUGUAUCCAGUGGCCACCGUACCUCUUCUGAAGCCCAGCUGUUUUUAUCCGUUUCAUCAGGCCCCACACUGAGAUCAGUACAUAUAUCGUGGGUCAGCUUUAAAGGCAAUUCUGGAAACUGGAACGAAGAGCUUUCUUUUAAAGUUACUUGUGAAGACUGCGGUCAAAUACUUGAUGCUUCUUAUAACUGGAAUCUUUAUUUGAUCAAUGCAACAGAACCAAAUGAUAGUGAAGGACCAUUUUGUAGCACGGUGGAUUUUCUAGGCACGUCUGUCUUCUUGAGUCAGUUUUUGACUGUUCCACAAGAAACAUCUGUAAUGCUUGCUUCAAAGACAGAUGUAGAUUCUCCAGGAAAACAAAUGAUUCAACCUAUUCCUACAUCCAUGACAUUCUCACAGCAAAUUUCUGGGAAGCCGUUCAGCCAGCCAGCUUUUCUUGUGGAAAAAAGCCCAGGUUCAGUGACAACCUCAGCCUCCUCCGAUUCCAUGAGCAGGCCAGCAACUGAAGUUCAUUUGGUCCUUGCAGCUGAUGUUCCUACGGAGAACAGCAGUUUUUCAGAUGCAGAUGAUCUCAUGCAGUUCAUGUUACCUUACUCAGAACCGGAAUUAUUUGAAGAAGAAUUUCUGGAUCUCAGAGCUUCCCAGAAUGAAAGAUCAUCAGGAAGUCUAUCUGAUUUCGACCUUUAUUAUGGAAACAUCAAGGAAGCUGUGGAACCACCACGGGGAAGACAGCCAGGGUAUACCAAUAGUAUUUCAGGACCAGUUAUAAAUGAAGAAACAAACUCCUUUUCCACUGAAGAGGAAGGUUAUAAUCUCAUUGAUUCUUUCUACUCUACUGACAGUGCUGGAUCAUCACUUAUGGUUGACUGGUCCAAAUCACCCAUCGAUACAGAUGUUUUUCAAAGUUUUACUUCAUCGGGUAUCACAUCCCAAAGAGUGACAAUUAAGCCAUUUGUGUUGAGAGGUGGAGAGAUGUACAUGAUAGAAGCUUCUGUGGCCUCAAACCACAACCUUUUAGGUAAAGCACAGUUAUAUUUUGCCGUCAAUGAAAUUCCACAGGGGAUGACCUGCCAAGUACAGCCCAGCAAUGGUUCUGAGGCCAAUACAGUCUUCAGUGUCUUCUGCACGUCAGGCCAAGCGGACUUCCAUUAUGAAUUCAGUUACUCUAUCGGAAACUCCUCCAGAAUGCCUCUGUACCGAGGGAGAGAUAUCCAGUAUUAUUUUACUUUGCCAGCUGGUGAGCCACUAGAUGAUUACAGAGUAACAAUUUACACUGAGGUAACCAAUGGGCGUGGCUCCAAGUCACAGCCCUGUGCUGUUGAUGUGACUGUGUUGCCAAGAUUUGUUAGAAGCUCGUCUUCAAGUUACAGCCCCGAGGAAGAUCUAUAUAGUUCGGGUCUGAAAAAUCUUUCCACCCUUUUACUGAUGGGUAGCUAUACAGAAAUAAGAAAUUACGUCACCGUGCUCACCAGAGUUCUGAAUCGUUUAUAUGCGGAGGACAGAGACACAGAUCCAGACAAACCGUCGCAAAUAAGGAGUGCAUUGAUUUCUUCAGUAUGCAACUUGCCUUUCCAAGAGCAGGAAGAACUUACGGAUUCGGUUCUAAUGCUGACUGAUCUUAUAAGCACUGCCACAGAGGUAACUUUCAGUAGUGCAGUGCAGAUCAUCAAAUACGUAAAACAGUUCACCAACCAUAACACAUUCUCUGGCAUAUUUGUGUUGGAUAAAGAGCUGACCACUAAGUUGGUCUUUCUGGCAUCUGGUGUCUUGAAGAUUUCUGAACAGGAAGAAUCUGCGCAUGCUGAAUAUCUGAUGUCAGAGGGAAGCAAGGUCAUCACAGAUGUGACACUAAGAUAUAUCUCCUCGAGUAAGGAAAAUCAGAUUAGUAUCAGCACGGGGCAGUUAGAACUUCAGACCACUCUGCAUUCCACCUUUCGGAGGACCAAGCUCACCGUUGGCUCCACCAAGUUCCACUUACCAGAUGCUUUGGAUCAGCAAGUCAUUCCUAGAUCUGGAUUGUUCCAACAGUGCUUUAUCAGUCAAAUAAUAUACUUCAGGAAAAACCCAUAUUUCUGGAGAACGGCUCCUGUUCAGAUUGCUGGGGACGCCGCUGACCUGAGCCUCUACAGCUGCGCUAGCAGAAGGAAGAUCAAUAUACAGAGACUUGUAAAUCCAGUCACAGUAGAGUUUGAAAGGAAAGAUACUGAGAAUAAUGAGAAGAGGACAAUAUUUUCAUUGUCUCGAGACAAAAUGAACUUCCAUCAGUUCAGGUGGCUUCCUAAAAGCUCCCAAGAAUCUUUGCAAAUCACAGUGGAAUUUUCUAAACCAACCUCGAGGACUUUCCCUGUGCUGCUAUUAGUGAGGUUCUUGGAAAAACCGACUCCUCUCCUUUUUAAUGUGAAACAGACUCACUUCUGGGAUCAUCAAGUCGUUCAGAUCUUUAUACCUGCGGUUGCUCUGAAAAGUCCUGGAUCUGGUUAUUUAUCAUUACUAGAUGCUGAUUACAACAGAAAACCCCAAAAUAAGUACUUCACUAGCAUAGCAAACUACGCAGUCAGUGUGCGCGGAAUUCAGUGCUUACUUUGGGAUAUUGAAAGAGAGUGGAAAUCAGGUGGCUGCCAUCCACAGCAGGGAACUAUUUUAGGAAAUAUCAACUGCAGUUGCAACCAUUUGACGACAUUCACUGUGGUGAGCAGAGAGUUAAAUACCACCUUGGAAACUGCAGGAGUGUUCCAGGAUCGGAGCACUGGUAAAAACAUUUUCCCGUGUAUGUUCCUUUCAUCUUUUGGGAUUCUUUACGUUGUUCUGGCCAUUGUGAGCAAAUUCACGGAUGCACACGAAGCAAAGAAAAAGGGUUACAUUUUCCUUCAAGACAACAUGUCAACAGACCGACAGCAGUACGCAAUUAUCGUUGACACUGGUUUCAGAUCCCAGGCCCAGCUUUCUGCCAAGGUCCAUAUUGUUUUGUACGGUGAAGAUGGCCUUUCUGAAACUAGAGAACUCUCCUGUCCAGAGAAGCCCCUGUUUGAAAAUAAUUCCCGACACACCUUUAUAUUGAGCAUUCCAGAGAGUCUGGGCCCUCUGUGGAAAAUCCACCUUUGGCACAAUAACAGCGGACCGUCUCCGAGCUGGUACGUGAGCCGUGUGACGGUGAAAGACCUGAUGACGGGAGCUCAUUGGGUCUUCCCCGCCGAGUGCUGGCUGGCCGUCGAUAAGGGUGACGGGAGAGUGGAACGGGAACUUACUUGUCUUCGUCGUGGAUCGGUCUUCCGAAAGCUUUUAUAUUCAAAGUUCACAGAAUAUCUAGAGGAAUUCCACAUCUGGUUCUCAGUUUAUAGCCAUCCAUCUUAUAGCUCUUUCACCCAGACCCAGAGGCUCACGGUCUGCUUUGUCUUGGCGCUUGGAUAUAUGUGUUUUGACGCCCUUCUAACUCACCUGGAACCAGAAGAGCUUUCACCGGACCUUGGCCUCACUGAGAUCUCUGCGCUCACCAUGAUGAAGGGCACUCUCUCCACCCUUAUCAUCUUUCCCAUGGCUUUAUUAUUGUCCUUCCUUUUCAGGUUCAGUGAGCGCAGAAUCAGUGACCACGGCUUGGGUGGAGACCAGCGUAAAUCUCUAAGGGGAUUUCAGAUGCACACAGUUGAGGGUUGUAAUUCCCACCGGUGGUCUCAGGAUUUGUGCAAGAAAGAUGAGGGUGGAGUGCUGAACUCAUUAACUCCGGGAGUCCCGUCUGGAACCAUCUCUGGGAGAGCGGAGAGAGAAAGCGAUCUCACCUCGGGCAGGAGCUCUUCGGGGUUUGAGGCCUGCCACUGUGACCACCAGCCUAUUCGAAAGCGGGGCCACGGUCACCACCCUUUGUACUCAUCAGAAUCCAGGAGCACCUUCAGACCACCUGUUCCUAGAAGACAAAUGGAGCAACCAACAACCCUGUGGCGUUAUGUGGCCUGGGCCAUCUGUGGACUCGUUUCCUUGACCUGUGUAGUGAUAACGGGGCUACUCGGAUUCGGGUUUGGUCCUUCCAAAUGUAUCAUUUGGCUCCACUUGGUGUUCUUCUCUAUUGUGACCUGCAUUUUGGUUAUCCAGCCCUUUGGGAUAUUUCUUUUAGCUUUGGUCGCAGUCUGGAGAGAGAGAAGUUCUACAGAAGUGGACCUCGAAUAUGAAUGGGACCCUCUUGCCGAUCAUUUCCUUCCUUCUCCUCCUUGCCAUUGUCAGCUUGAUCCUGCGACUGAAUUUGAAAAAAUCUUGGCCAUCCGACAGCGAUCCCGCCACUCGCGAUGGGCCCGCCCUCCCACUCCAGCCCAGCUCAAAGAAGCUAAGGAGAGAAUCCGAAAAGAAACAGUCAUCCGGGAGACUCUCAAAGAAUUUUUCCUACACACCCUUAUGUUAUUUCUGCUUUUGUUUAUGAUACUUGGAAACAUUUCCAAAGAAGAAUAUUUUCUGAACCAAGCCGUCCGGAAUGAAUUUACCAGAAAUACCCAGUACACCUUUGGUGACUUAAAGGAUGCUGAUGGCUGGUGGAACUGGAGCCUGACAACUUUACUAGAUUCCCUGUAUAAGGAUAAAUGGCAAAACACCAGUGGACCCAGAACUGAGUCUGGCCCUAAUGGAGAUAACUGCUAUCUCAUUGGCCCAGCAGUGCUUCAGCAGCUAAAGCUUCCUGGUGACUAUGCAUGCGAGGUUUCAGGCCGGUUUUCGGAUGACUUUAAAGAUCAGAUCCUGGGCUACCACCCAAGAGUUCAAGCAUCCAACAGGACUCGGGCUUUGGAUAAUGAGAAGCAGAAAAUGUGCCGAACGGGAAGAUCUCGUCUCUGUGGUCAAGUGGACUGCUAUGAGGGCAGUAGCUCAGCAGUGAGUCUGGGUAGGACAAGGACCGAAGCUUAUUCUAUACUGGUCAACUUAAAGAGGAGGAGAUGGCUAGACAUGACAGUGGGGGCAGUAGGGGUGCAAUUUGUCCUCUACAAUCCUCCUACCAACCUCUUCACCAGUGUGUUCCUGCUCGUUGAAUUUCCAUCCACAGGGGGUCUCGUUCCAUCACUACGCAUUGAGUCAGUGGACAUCUACCACAUCAAUUCUGUUUCAAGUUACUGUGUCAGGGUUUCGGAGUUGCUUUUCUUAGGGCUCAUCCUUCUACAUCUCUGUUCCCAAUUUUGGAUUAUGAAUCAGAUGAGCAUACUAAGCUACUGUCAAGAACCUUGGAACUGGCUGGAGUUCUCCAUCAUUGGAUUGAGUUUUUUUCUCUACGCGAUCCACAUGCAUCACUUUGUGCUUGCUGUAGAUGUCAUCGAUCAGCUCCAUAAGGGAUUUUUCCAAGGAUUUGUUGACUUUAGUUUUAUUGCAUCCUGGGGGCAGAAGACUCGAUGUCUUCAAGGAAUCCUGUCAUUCUUCCUGUUAAUCAAAUGCAUCCGUCUGCUUGGCGUUCACAAACCUAUGGCUUCCUGCUCAACAAUGUUAUGGCUUUCCUGCUCCAGAAUUACCAAGACAGUGUUGGCUGCUGUCCUGCUGACGAUGGCUUAUUCAUAUCUUGGGCGGUUUCUGCUCUUAUCCAAUGCUUUGGCAUUUGACAGUCUCAUCGGCUCCAUCCGGACACUACCGUUGGAUUUUCUGGAAAUCCUGGAAAGAGAAACUGUCUUACUUUUUUACAAAUCCAACUGUUAUGUUACAGUGUGUUAUUAUGGAACCUUUCUCAUAGUGAUGUUCUUUCUAUGGGACUUAAUGAUGAGAGGAGUCCUCGCUAGUUUUGCCAGAGAUGCAAAGAAAUCUCUCCGAAAUAGGCAGCUCGUCAGGUUCGAGGAAAUCAUUGCCUACAUCCAGAAGAAGAUGUCUUCUUUAUUAGGACUUCAAAGGCAAACACCAGACCAUAGUGGCCCAUUGGAAGACCACACUUUCUACCUGGAUGAGGUCGAACAUCUGAUGGACGAGCUGCUCUUCAGAAUUACUGCCUUAUCAAACGGGCUCAGUGUCUCUCUUCCAGAACAAUCCCACACCGAUCCGGAAGGAGGGAAUGAUUUUUAAGUAUCUCACACUGUCAUUAUUCUAGCCAAGCUUAUGUGUCACUCCUUCUGACUGAAUGAAGCAACACUGCAGCUCCUGUUCUGAACUCAAAAUAUCUUGGCAACCAUAUUCAUAGGGAAAAUUGCCUUUACAAGGGUUUUCUUUCAGUGUUCUUCAGGAAUCCAAUUCCAGCCCAUUACUGAUGGAGAGAAUUGCUGCUUUCCCAGCAAGGCCGUGACCCCCAGCCUUGCUAGUCCUUGGACAGAAGUUUUCAAGAUGAGUUUCGAUGUUUAGUCACUAACACCAAAAUGUCAGCAGCCUCCUCGCAGAUGCCCCAUGCCUCCUAGCGCGAGCCCUCUGAGGACUGAGAAAAAAUGAAUCCAGGUCUUGUUUCCCGGCGGCAUUAUGCGAAAUUUCGUCAAAUUCACAGUGUGGAGUUUGAUGUCUGGAAGCACAACUUCCAAGAUACCAGAGGACUUGGACCUCAGACAGCUGCAUGAGCAUAUCAUACGGGCAGAGUGUCUGGUGACCGACAGCCCCAAGUGACUGCAAAUUUGGAGAACAGCCAUCCAACAAAGUCAGAUAGUCAAUUGUAUUUAUUGAUCUCUAACUGUGCAGAUCACUGUACUAAGUGCUUG